AUGGCGAUCCAAAUCCCCAUUCCAAUGAUUCCAGGAUCAAAAUCUUCAGAUGUUGAUCCCAAGAUUUUGUUCCUGGUGCUGCCAAACACUACCGAUAAGUCCCACAUUUCAAGGGGAAUUUGGUAUUACCAUCUCUCUCUCUCUCUCUCUCUCUCUCUCUCUCUCUCUCUCUCUCUUUUUUCAGGUCCCUGUUCACGGCAGCUGCAUUUCACCUUCAUCCCUCGUUGCGGCAGCUGCCUUUCACCUUCAUCCCUCGUUGCGGCAGCUGCGCUUCACCUUGAUCCCUUUUUGCGGCAGUACCCGGCGGCAGCGAGUGCAGAACUCACCGCCAGAGCAUCGACUUCACAGAUUCAGGAUAGGCCUUCUACCGCAGCAAGGGAACAUCCAACAACGACCCGCCCUUCUGCUACCGGCCUCCAUCCACCAGUGUUCUCCUCCUAUCGUAAGGUGCGGCCUUUCUCAAUCUAUGGCCCUCUCUCACCGGAGCAACUUGGCGUUUCCAGUAUCUCAAUUACAACAAGAGAAUGCUUCAGGAGACAUAUUGGAAUCAUGUUAACUUCACCGACUCUUGGAAUGGAGUAUGGAAGGGCGCCUUUUGCUGCAGUAAAGGCUGAAGCUUCAGCUGCUCCAGCUGUUUCAUCUAACGUUGCACACAAUCCACUUGAAGAAUUUUUCGAGGCAGAUUGAAGCGAAGAAGUUGACAAACCUGUUGUUUAUGGUAGGAUCAUUUGAUUUUGCUUUUUGUUUUCUCCCCCUUUGUUGAUGCUUCCACAUCGUGUUCAUCUCUAAAUGGACGACGUCAUCUUGAUUGCAUUUGGUUGGUUGUGUUAUUCUUGAUGAUUACUUAAUUGAAAACUGUUUAAUGUAUGCAAUUGAACCGCUUCACUUUUUCCUGCCUAGUUGGUUCAGCAUUACCUUGUAGGCAUCGCUACGAGUUUGAUUAUUGAGUCCAAGUAC